AUGGGGAACGGCCCUUGUAAGCGCAAAGUAAACAGCGGCAACUGCCGCAAAUUCACAAAAACGGGAGUCCGCAAAAAGUUUGCGGAGCGGCACAUCGACCAGGUCUGGGAGGACGUGCGCAAGCCGCCGACGCUGGUGCACAGCAGCAAGACGGGUCCCCAGGGCACGACAAGCGUGGCGGAGCAUGACGAGGACGUCCCGGGCCUCGGGCAGCACUACUGCAUCCCAUGCAGCCGGUAUUUCGCAAACGCACUGGCAUUGGGCACCCACGAAAAGACCAAGCCCCAUCGGCGGCGCGCCAAAAUGCUGCUGGCGGCGCCGCGGCCCCACAACCAGCUGGACGCGGAGGUUGCUGCUGGCAUGGGGAAGCCCGACAACGGGCCCAAGCUGCGCAGCGGCGGCGGCGUCGCCGACAUGGCCGAGUGA